CGCUUCCGUGGUCUCCCUUGUGUCAUCGAGUCAAGAAAAUAAUACGAGACAGCGAAGGCGCACUCAUUUCCUCACACAAUAUUUAGUAUCGAAGCGCGGUUUGGGCAGUAGAAAUAAUCUUACAUAUUAUGAAUACAAGUGCUAUACAAUAUACCGCAGAGCCUUGCUGGAGCCGCAGAUGUUCAACUGAAAGCAUAUACAGUAUACAAGCAAGAGAGACAGAUUACGUUCGCGACACCAGUGACACCGAGUCGUUCACCGAUGAUGAUGAGCCAGUCGAAUACGAGCCCUUCACUGAGCCGGAAAACGAGGCUCCAGUGCCCAUUCUGGGAGACUCCUCCGGACAGAGCGAUAACGACAUUAUAACUACAAAGGUGGUUGAAGUCUCAGUGGGCGACGACGGGGACUUAGAGUUCGCGGACUCGGAACAAACAGCUUCUGACGGCAGGAGUGACAGCGAGUUAGAGCUGUGUGACUACGGUCGCUGCGCGCUGUGUGGCGGACGGAACACCACCCCGCGGUAUCGCUACUGCCAGAAGUGCUUCAAGGUACGUAAAAACCUGUUCCCGCCGAGACCGAAGCGCAAACACAAACGGAAGUUGUUAGAUAAAACGCAAUCCUCCUUCCGCCCCCUAUCGCAGGACUCUGGUAUAGACAGUCAGGAGCUGCACGAAGCAGCUCAGAGCUCGGCUGGGUGCUCCCAACCUGCCACCGUACAGAGUGACUCAGGUUGUUCCCAAGCCGUAGAAACUGAGGUUAGGUUAAGCCGUACUUUCCACAACCCUUUAAAGCGGCGACGCGCGGAGUCAGCUGACCGAUCACACAAACGACCUAGGUUAAGUUAUUCCGACAGCGAAAGCGAUUCAGACGACGAAUCCAAUAACGUCCAAGUAACACCAUUAGUGAAAACCGUCAGCGAUCCUUCGUUAACUAUCGAAGAGGUCAAAAUCACUAAAAAGAUAAUAAGUAAUAAAUUAAAAGAGAAAAUUGAAAAGGAAAAUGAAGAAAAUAAUAUGUGUAUAGUUUGCCUUUCUGAGCCCAAAUCUGGUGUGUUUGUCCAUGGGCGGAUAGCUCACAUCUGCUGCUGUUACAAGUGCGCCGUCAAAGUUUGGGCCAAGGCAAAAAGGUGUCCAGUUUGUAAUUGUAAAGUCAGCAACGUUUUGAAGGCAGUCGUCAUGUAAACUUUUAAAACCGCCAUCUCUCUAGAGUUUGAUUAUUCAUUGUGAUACAUCUUUAGAAUUAUAGUUUGUUUCUGCAUCCAGUCUAGUGUAGUACAGUGUUACUUGGACUGUUUCGCUUUUAAAUAUUCUUAUUUGAACAUUAUAUAGAACAUCUUUCCAUUUUGGUUGUCUCCUGAUUCGGUGCAAAAUUUAAAGAGAUUUAUUUAAUGGUUAGAGAAGCAUUAAUAAUUUGAAACAUAAUCACAUUUUUUUUGUAUUUAAAUAUUUCAAAGCGUAUGACAUAGUAACAUAUUAAUUAAUUCGCAUUCCGGCCAUGUUUUUGCUAAGUAAAUACCUUUACCCCAUGCGAUCGCCUAACAGUUUUCUAUCUUCUCUGACCAUAAACUAAAUCUCUUAACAUUUUCUAUCCAAUUAGGAGAUAAGUUUAACUUAUUUUCCAUUUAUAGGCCGAUCAAAUAUUAGAAGCUGAUUAUUUUUUUCUUGAAAAUAAUAAUUUUGUGUCAACGACCUAGUACGGUCACGAGCAUUAAUAUGUAUACACUUUGGUACCAUGUUACAUUAACUUUUUUGACAAAUUGAGCUGUAAGACUCACUAAUUGUCAAAUAUGUUAGUGCGACAGAGUUCUAAAGUGGGUACAUUAUAUUGCUCAUGACUGUACGUUAAUUCUAGGUAUAUCUCAUUAGAUAUUGCACUAUAUCCAUUUAAUUUCAUGAUUUGCACUUGCACAAACUUAGCUUGCUGCGUUUUUGCGUUAACAGCGUUUUUUGUCGGAUACCAAUUUGAACAUAGGUAACAUAGGUGUUAAAAGAGUGACAAGAAAAGUAGAUAUAUUAUAUCCGUUAGCUUUUUAAUUUUAGUACCUCGAGGCGCGAAUUGAAUUUAAUUUUGUGUAAAUAAAACGGUAACGUUCUCCACCGAAGAGAUAAUAUAUUAUUUGAUGUGAAAUUUCUUAGGUUAGUAAAGUACUAUUACGCUAGUUAACAAGAAAUGUUCCUAUUUAUUAUGGUAUAAAAGUUAAUUAAGAUUUUCUUUAAGUGUUUCAAAUGUAUAAAACGUAACGUGUAUUAAAACUAUUUGAUCAAAAGUGUCCUAUAUUUGUUUUGAAUGGGUUGAAAAAUAUUUUAAAAUAAUUAUUUGUACAGUAAAAUGUACUUGUGUGUACGUUAAAACUAUAGAUAGUAAUAGCAUGGAGUAACUAAUAUACUAAGUUAAACAGAGGGACCCUCCCCAUACUAGGAAAAUUGUCACUAAAACGCGCUCAAAUGGAGUGCCGCCAUGCCGGCGAGCAUUUGCACUAACUGUCAAACAAUGAUACGAAACAUCGUCACUAGAUGACACUUAUUUCCACAUGUAAGCUUACACGGUUAGCGACAUCUAGUUGCUACUUGGCGAAAUAGAGUAAUGUACUCCAAUAAAAAAAUAGCGCCGCCGGUGGCGUGUAUUGGUACUAAAUCUAAAAUGUACGGAAGGGACCAGACAUGGUAAUAGUCACUUUAUGUCAUAGUAUUGGUUCUACUAGAAUCGUGUAAAAAAAUGGUCUUAUAUAAGAACAAAGGUCUUAUAUACAUAUAGAGCCAUGUCAGGGGCCUUUGGCGGCUCAAUAGUAACUCUGACACCAGGGUUGAUGCGGUUGGUAAUCCACCUCACAACCUACACGAGAGAAGAAGAUACGAACAAUGUUUUAAAGGACGUUUCUUGUUAAUUAUCGUAUGUACUUAGAAAAUUAUAUGCAUCGCGAAAAAGCGCAGUAACUUCGAACCAAAAGUAGAAUAUAUUUUUAAAAAUAGCUUAAGGGUUGACACGGCGUUAAGUUAGGCUACCACGUUAAUGUUAGGUCCAUUAUAAUUACAAGACCAGAAAUAUUUUUCCCAUUUUUUUGUGUAGUGUACCUAAGUACCUUAUUGUUUAAUUUACAUUUUCAUGUCCUAAAUAUAAGAUUGGAAUAUAAGGAUUGUUUUCCUUGUAAAAAUAGUGUUUUGACAAUCCGUUAAAUAGGAUAGUGUUUGUUUACUGAGUCUUUGUUAUAUUUAUAGAUUAUACGUAUUAUAUUCGUGGUUAUAUAUUAACUAAUACAAAAAUUUACCUAUUCACAAAUACCCGUUAGAUAGGGUUCCAUAUCAUACUCUAAUAUGAACGUACCUAUAGGUAUUACAUGUAAUAUUAUUAAUAAUAAUUUAUAAUGUCCAUUAUUAUAUUUUAUGCCAUAAUUUUGUACCUACUUGUAUUUAUAUCUACCCAAUUGAAGUAUAUUUUUAUUAUAAUUGGAGAGAGGUAUGAAUCUUCAUUCAUUUAGGGCAUGGAUUUGUGUGUAUAUUAUAUUCUUGUUAAUUGUAUUAACGUAACCCGAAUUAAUUAUAAGUUGUUUAUUGUAAAAUAUUCCUGGUCUUUUCUAUUACGCUUUUCUUUGUUUUAAUUCACGAUCUAAAAUCUUGAUCAAUCCCACCAUUUUCCUACCGCUUGUUAUUACAUUAAAAAUCUUUAUUGAAAAAAUAUAUCUUAAAAAUAAAUAUAUUAAAACAUCGAUCUCUCCUAUGUUUAAAUGUAAAUUCUAUAUCAUUUUGUAAACUAUACUUGUAACUUGUAUAAACUUUGAAAAGAAAAACAAAAAAGAAAAAACACAUUUUAUCUAAACAAAAAAGUAAAUAAUAAAUUUUCUUUUUCAGGAA